UCUCCGGAAUACCCGGAUCGGGUCGCAGUUCUCCGGAGCACCGAAGAAUUGUAUUCGUUACAUGGCGGUGUAUCGAAUGUCAGUGUGUUGUUAGACUUGUACGAACGCGCAUCGGCGCGACACAUUAGCGAACGUGCGAGUUCGUGUCCGUGCGAAAGUGUGAAAUGUCGUGAGAUUUCGGCAGAGAUGCGCGCCUCAAUGUGCUCCAAUAAACUGCUGCUCUAUUUUUUUAUCGGCGUCCUCACCGUUCCCAUAUUUUGUGGCAUCGAUAUUGUAGUCGAAGGCCUGCCGUUGCGAAGGCGGGAGCUCGAUACUAACCAAGACAUUCUCGCCGGCGCUGAUUUCCUAUCAAUUCUAAUGGGAUCUUCAUUAAAAGAAACCUACAAUGACAUAACGUCCACGGUACCAUCCACGACGAUUCUCGUAGAAAUAGAUACCGAACCUGAUUACACCACCAAACGUGAUAAACGAAAUUCCGAUUCGAAUUUCGAUACUACGUACACUAAUAGUUUAAUAACAAACGCCGUUUUAUCUUCUUCUCAGAGUACAGAACGUUUCGAUGUUAGUGACUCUAGUACUAAUAAAGAUGGCGUUGUAGUAGCUGUUAGUAUAUCCACUUCGAUCGGAAGAUCUAGAGGAAUACCAAGUUAUAAGUAUUCUACAUCGGAGCUUCAACUACCCAGCCCAAUAGAAGCGGUUAAUCAGACGGCUAUAGAAAAAACAAUCAAUCGGGAUUAUUUCGGUUCGGAACAUCGUCCUAGUAUAAUAGCUGAGGCGAGUAAAAGUGAAUUAAUCGUCGAAGAAACCGAACCGAUAACGAAAGAUAAUGAAUCGGCACCGGACUCGAGUUUAAAUUACCAAACAACUACGUUUCUCGAUCAAAAUUUAUCUAAUAAACAGACUAUUUACCAGGAUAAUCCACGAUCUGUAUCGUACACUUUAACUUUACCUGGAAUACCAGCGGAAUCAGAUAAAUCGCAGCCUCGCGAACGUCACGAGAGAAAUUAUAAAAAUUCUUUCGUCAACACUUUCGAAUCCAAUUUAAACAAAAGUACGGAAAAACCUUGGGCGAAGUAUACCCCGACCACACCGCUACCGGUUGAUUUACCGAAAGUUUACGCUCAUCCCGAGCAAAAUUACGAAGUCGACGAGGAAUUGAGCGUGGUAACCAACGGAAGAGCCCACGGCAUCCAACCGACCAAGCCGGACAAAAAAGACGAUAACCAAAAGUUCGGGUACGUCGUCGAAGGGAAAAAUUACAGAAAAUAUAGAGUAGAAGAAAGAACGGCCGAUGGAUUUAUAGUCGGGGAAUACGGAGUCGUGAGUCACGACGAUGGAUCUUUGAGAGGUGUUCGAUAUACCGCUGACGGUACCAUCAAUCCCAGAUUGAUUUCCGAAGCUCUAAUGAAAUUUUUGUCUCUGUGAUUAUAUUUGCCCAACUGGUGCUAAAGAUACCGUACUGACACGUAUUUAGUUCCUUUCGAAUUAGAUAUUAUUAUUAUUAUUAUAUAAUUGUUACUCGAAAUAUGUCGAGAGUGACGAAAAUCUCGUUUCGCGGAGUUUCGUCUCGCAAUAACGACGACCCUCGCAGACUUCUCGCAAAAGGCUUACAAUAAAAUCAGUUCGAAUUCAGCAUCUUAAACUUAACACUUCGUUCUGCUUUCUAACUAACGUUUUGACCCUCUUAAAUCUUCUGGUCAUGUUUGUGGUGUCUAAGAGUUUUGUUUGUCUAGCAAGUUUUGUUGUAAUUUAGUUCUUCAUCUGAAGAUCCCGAUGGUCACCGUUCCAACAAUACCAGGAUGCAAACAUGAUGUAGUCUUUAGUAUCGAUGUUGUAUAGAAGCAAUUUGAUGUAUCUGGAUAACGUUGAAUCUCGACCUAGUAUCCAAUACAUUUUUUUUCUUACAUCAAGCGCUCCACGUUUUUUUUUUAUAUGGAAUUUUGAGCUGUAUUGAAUCUAGUUUCAUUCAACUUGAUACUCCACAUCUUGGUCUAGCUGCUAAAAUGAUCAACGGAUGUGCUUAACUUCUCGGCAGCUUCUUCUUGGUGUUCAGGAAUGUCAUUAGUGUCCAGCAGAUAGAGCACUAGACUAAGUACGCAACCCUGGGGAAGUUCUACUUUGAUUUCCUCUGCCAAAUCUAAGUAGACAGUUGACAUUAGACGGACCUCUCAAUACUGCAUUCGAUUUUUUGAAUUUGAUCUGCUAAUUUGAUUUCCUUCUUCUUGGUGUUCAGGAAUGUCAUUGGUGUCCAGCAGAUAGAGCACUAGACUAAGUACGCAACCCUGGGGAAGUUCUACUUUGAUUUCCUCUGCCAAAUCUAAGUAGACAGUUGACAUUAGACGGACCUCUCAAUACUGCAUUCGAUUUUUUGAAUUUGAUCUGCUAAUUUGAUUUCCUUCUUCUUGGUGUUCAGGAAUGUCAUUAGUGUCCAGCAGAUAGAGCACUAGACUAAGUACGCAACCCUGGGGAAGUUCUACUUUGAUUUCCUCUGCCAAAUCUAAGUAGACAGUUGACAUUAGACGGAUCUCUCAAUACUGCAUUCGAUUUUUUGAAUUUGAUCUGCUAAUUUGAUUUCCUUCUUCUUGGUGUUCAGGAAUGUCAUUGGUGUCCAGCAGAUAGAGCACUAGACUAAGUACGCAACCCUGGGGAAGUUCUACUUUGAUUUCCUCUGCCAAAUCUAAGUAGACAGUUGACAUUAGACGGACCUCUCAAUACUGCAUUCGAUUUUUUGAAUUUGAUCUGCUAAUUUGAUUUCCUUCUUCUUGGUGUUCAGGAAUGUCAUUAGUGUCCAGCAGAUAGAGCACUAGACUAAGUACGCAACCCUGGGGAAGUUCUACUUUGAUUUCCUCUGCCAAAUCUAAGUAGACAGUUGACAUUAGACGGAUCUCUCAAUACUGCAUUCGAUUUUUUGAAUUUGAUCUGCUAAUUUGAUUUCCUUCUUCUUGGUGUUCAGGAAUGUCAUUGGUGUCCAGCAGAUAGAGCACUAGACUAAGUACGCAACCCUGGGGAAGUUCUACUUUGAUUUCCUCUGCCAAAUCUAAGUAGACAGUUGACAUUAGACGGAUCUCUCAAUACUGCAUUCGAUUUUUUGAAUUUGAUCUGCUAAUUUGAUUUCCUUCUUCUUGGUGUUCAGGAAUGUCAUUGGUGUCCAGCAGAUAGAGCACUAGACUAAGUACGCAACCCUGGGGAAGUUCUACUUUGAUUUCCUCUGCCAAAUCUAAGUAGACAGUUGACAUUAGACGGAUCUCUCAAUACUGCCUUCGAUUUUUUGAAUUUGAUCUGCUAAUUUGAUUUCCUUCUUCUUGGUGUUCAGGAAUGUCAUUGGUGUCCAGCAGAUAGAGCACUAGACUAAGUACGCAACCCUGGGGAAGUUCUACUUUGAUUUCUUCUGCCAAAUCUAAGUAGACAGUUGACAUUAGACGGAUCUCUCAAUACUGCAUUCGAUUUUUUGAAUUUGAUCUGCUAAUUUGAUUUCCUUCUUCUUGGUGUUCAGGAAUGUCAUUGGUGUCCAGCAGAUAGAGCACUAGACUAAGUACGCAACCCUGGGGAAGUUCUACUUUGAUUUCCUCUGCCAAAUCUAAGUAGAUAGUUGACAUUAGACUGUCAGAUCUGUGGUUUUCCCUAAAAAGCAAAUUGAUGGGCGGGAAUUACCUUCGAGAUAACAGACAGCAAUGAAAAAUAAAACCUUAUUGUAGUUUUCCCGGUUUGAGGAUCAUAAUGACCCCUGCAGCUCUUCACAUCUUGGGAACAACUUGUUUUAGUAGUAAUCAGAUCAGGGACUGGUUUUUGGGAUCGUUGUUUGUUCUGAUUACCUCAAAAACUUCUUUUGAAGAAUUAGGUUCAACAUCUUCCGAUUCUGGUUCAUUCUAAUCGUCAGGAUUUUCUCCAUCAUCGUCUGUAGAUGUUCUGCAAGCUCUUUAAAAACAUUUCUGAUUCGAGUAUUUUAUAAGAUGGGUCUUUUCAAUCGUUUGGUAGUUUUCCAAACUUUAUAAUGAUUUUUUUUUGCUGCGUUGCUUUAUUUAAGGCUGUUUUAUUUAUCCUAUGAUACUUUGUUUGAUGCCAAGUUUUCGGAAAUGAAUUAUCAAGAAGACUUGAAAAAUUGAACAUUGAAUGGACUUGCAUAUGAUGUUUGUGGAUGUUGAAAAGGCUUUUGAUAGCGUUUGGGAAAGCUCAAAAAGAUAAACAUGGUUUUACUCGUUGUAAUACGGUUUCCAAAAAACAUAUUUCAAAAACAUUCUUGAUAGUUAGAAUAAUUAAUUGAUGUGUUAUUUUUAUCUGUAGGAUUUUUGAGAAAAUCUCGUACGAGGUUUGAGUUGAGACUCUUUUUCUUGUGUUGUAAGAAAAAUUUGAAGUAUCGUCUCGAGUCCCGUCUGGAAAGCGAAACGAAAUAAAACUCUCGCAAACGAGAAAAUCGUUUUUCUUUUUAAAUUGCUUAAUUAUUUGAUAAAAAAAAGAGUAAUAAUUAUAACUGAUAAUAUUUCUAAUUUGUACCUGACUUUUCACUUUAAUUUGACCCCUAUACUGUUAAUUUUGUUAAUAAUAGAAAAAUUUUAAACAAAAACUGAUAUUUUAGACGUAGAGGAUUCAAAUCCGGACUUUUUUAAACCCAGGAUUACGGGAUUACAUAAAGGAAAUUAAUUAAUAACCAUUGAUUUAUAUGAAAAUCAUUAUAAAUAAUAAAAAAUAUUAAAAUUUCAUUCAUUCAAUUAAAUAAGAAGUUUGACAAAAACUUGUUUAGAACAAAGUUAAAAGUUUGGGUCGAUUUGAAGUGAAAAAACAAAGUUUUCUGUUAACGAAAUGUUGAUAAUAAUCUUGCCUCGUUUUCGGAAAACUAAACACCUUGUUCUGUUUAAUGUAAGACGUCUUACAUAUAUUUAUUAUUCCUAUAAUGAUAAAACUGGACCUCUACGACUUAAUCCUGUAUAAAAAUUUGUUGGGGGUCCUUCAAACUAAUUGCAGAGAGCCCCCAAAACUUUUUCACAACUAAACAAAAGCUAUUACUUACAAUAAAUGCUUCCAUAGUAUAGAUUUACCAAUUUGAGAGUAAUAAAAUAAAGAAGCAUUCCUAUUUUUGACCUCUUUUUUUAUAUUCUAUGUAACUUAUAGUUAUAAAAACCCCAAAUUGAAACUUCUCGCGUUUUUCGCAUCAAAUUCAGUAAUUUAACCAUCCAUAACAGAAACCGAUUUCAGUUUUUCGAGAUUUUUUAUCCUUGUGGAUAAUAGGGAGGAAUCUGGAAGCCUUUCUUGCACUAUAGAGGACCUUGAUGACUUUUUUAUGAAUAUAAUUUCAGAAAACUUCUUUCAGAAAGUGCAAUAUAGGAAUAUUAUUUAUGUGAUAGUUAAUUAUAAACGGCGCCCUCGAAUUUUUGGCGCUUUCGCAACAAUAAUAUUUAAGAAACAAUCUGUAAAAGAUCUAGUUGUAAUUUUUGAAACGUAUCGAACGUGGAAAGCUUAUUCUAGUAUAAAAAAAAUAUCAUUUACUCUCAUAAAUACUUUUUAUUUUUAGUCUAUUUCAAUCAAUAAUGUAUUUUUAUAAAACAUUCAGUCUCUGAAGACGAUAACUUGGUUAUCGAAGGUAAAGUUUGUCUUCAGUCUCUGAAGACGAUAACUUGGUUAUCGAAGGUAAAGUUUGCCUUUAGUCUCUGAAGACGAUAACUUGGUUA